GUCGGCCAAAAACAAUCAAUGCCCCACCUCCUGCGACUGAACGCAGCACCAGGAGGGCCGGCAUAGUUUUACCUUACCUGAGCAGACGGCGAGGCAUCCUGUACACGCCUAAUCAUAUCGUAUCGUUUAUAGAGGUAGUUGUCUUCACAAUGGCCGACUCAGCAACACCGGCCCAUCUUGAGCCCUCGGCCCUCGGCACAAAAGAAUACUGGGACGCGCUCUACGAGACCGAGCUGCGCAACCACGCCGACAACCCGGCCGACGAGGGCACCGUCUGGUUCGACGACGCCGGCGCCGAGGAGGCCAUGGUGCGCUUCCUCGACGAGCGGUACCCGGACCCAUCAUCAUCAUCAUCGUCCUCCUCCUCCUCCUCCUCCUCCUCCGCCCGCGCGCGCGCCGCCGUGCUCGACCUCGGCUGCGGCAACGGCAGCCUGCUGUUUGCGCUGCGCGACAACGGGUGGGCCGGCCGCCUGCUUGGUGUGGACUAUAGCGAGCGGAGCGUGCAGCUGGCCAGGAGCGUCGGGCGGGCGAGGGCUCGGGCGAGGGAGGAGGAGAAGGAGGAGGAAGACGAGGGGCAAGAAGAUCGGGCCAGAGAGCAAGAGGUCGAGUUCAAGGUGUGGGACGUCCUGCGCGGCGCGGUGAGCGAGGUGCAAGCGGACAACACCCCGGCGCCGCGGCCGUCGGAGGACUCGCGCGCGCGGGACGGCGGCGCCGGGUGGGACGUGGUGCUGGACAAGGGCACGUUCGACGCGGUGUCGCUGAGCGGGGAGCGCGACGGGCGGGGCCGGCGCGUGUGCGAGGGGUACGCCGGGCGCGUGCUGCGGCUGCUGCGGCCCGGCGGCAUCUUCCUCGUGACGAGCUGCAACUGGACCGAGGCCGAGCUGCGCGGCUGGUUCGACGGCAAGACCGACGAGGACGAGGACGAGGACGAGGACGAGGGUGGCGGCGGCGGCACUGGCGCCAGGUUGCGCCUCGCCGGCAGGAUAGAGUACCCCAGCUUCAGCUUCGGCGGCGUCAAGGGCCAGGCCGUCAGCACGCUGUGCUUUGAGAAGGUCGCUCCUUGACGUUGGCGGCACAGAAACAAUGAGAGAGAUAUUUGACCUGGAUAACGCUGGGAAAGGAACAGAGAUACCAGCGCCGCCGCAGUAAUGCUC